AGUCUAGGGUUUCUUUGAGAGUGAGAUAUGUAUAUGGCAGCCGGAAACAUGCUUCCGGCAAGGGAUAAGUGCAUGAAACUUUCAUUUAGGGGAAGAAAGUUGUAACCUUCCCAGCUAAUAUCAUCGCAUCUCAGAUUGAAAUUAAGACAAGAGAGAUAAGUAUAUAUCUAGAACAAUAUUCCUAAAUUUUAGGGAUUCGACGAGGAGAGAAAAAUGUAUCAGCCAAGCAUGUUCGAGAAUCACCACCAUAUCCUAGAUCAUAUGACGACCAGCAGCACCCACAAAACCUCGGAAAGUACUGAAGUACUAGGAAAGAGCAGACUGCUGGACGAUGAUUUCGAGACCAAAUCCGGCACCGAAACGACUACUGAUGCUCCCUCCGGCGAUGAGCAAGAUCCCAACAACACCGGUCCACGCCCCAAACGAAAACGUUACCAUCGCCACACCCAGCGCCAAAUCCAAGAGAUGGAAGCAUUCUUCAAGGAGUGUCCUCACCCAGACGACAAGCAAAGGAAGGAGCUGAGCCGUGAACUAGGGUUAGAGCCUUUGCAAGUCAAAUUUUGGUUCCAAAACAAGCGCACCCAAAUGAAGGCUCAACAUGAACGCCAUGAGAAUUCAAUUUUGAAAUCAGAGAACGACAAGCUUCGCGCCGAGAACAACAGGUACAAGGAAGCCCUUGGCAAUGCCACAUGCCCCAACUGUGGAGGACCAGCUGCUCUUGGUGAGAUGUCAUUUGAUGAGCAGCAUUUGAGGAUCGAAAAUGCUCGUUUGCGUGAAGAGAUUGAUAGGAUAUCUUCAAUUGCUGCCAAAUAUGUUGGCAAGCCUUUGUCAAGCUCAUUUUCUUCUCACAUUCCACCUCAUGUGCCUUCCCGCUCCCUUGAUCUCGGGGUUGGCAGUUUCGGGGCUCAAUCGGGUUUUGUGGGAGAGAUGUAUGGAUCAUCAAGUGAUCUUCUCAGGUCAGUUUCAGUACCCACCGACGCAGAUAAGCCGAUGAUUGUUGAGCUUGCCGUGGCAGCCAUGGAAGAACUCAUUAGAAUGGCUCAGGCUGGAGAGCCUUUAUGGGUUCCUGGUGACCAUAACUCAUCUCAUAAUCAUGAAAUUUUGAAUGAAGAUGAAUACUUGAGGACGUUUCCUAGGGGAAUUGGCCCCACACCAUUGGGUUUGAAGUCUGAAGCGUCAAGAGAAUCAGCGCUGGUCAUCAUGAAUCAUGUUAACCUUGUUGAGAUUCUCAUGGAUGUGAACCAAUGGUCUACUGUCUUUUGUGGUAUUGUUUCAAGAGCAAUGACCCUCGAUAUCCUAUCAACUGGAGUAGCUGGGAACUACAAUGGAGCCUUACAAGUGAUGACAGCUGAGUUCCAAGUGCCCUCGCCACUGGUUCCGACCCGUGAGAAUUACUUUGUAAGGUACUGCAAGCAGCAUGUUGAUGGAACUUGGGCAGUGGUUGAUGUUUCCUUGGACAACCUACGCCCAAGUCCAAUUUCAAGGAGUCGAAGAAGGCCAUCCGGUUGCUUAAUCCAAGAAUUGCCAAAUGGUUACUCCAAGGUUAUAUGGGUGGAACAUGUUGAAGUGGAUGAUAGGUCUGUUCACAACAUAUACAGGCCUCUAGUUAACUCUGGUCUUGCUUUUGGGGCAAAGCGUUGGGUGGCUACACUUGAUAGGCAAUGCGAACGUCUUGCGAGUUCAAUGGCCAGUAACAUUCCUGGUGGAGCUAUCUGUGUGAUAACUAGUCCGGAAGGGAGGAAAAGUAUGCUGAAGCUGGCACAAAGAAUGGUGAUGAGCUUCUGCACUGGUGUGGGUGCUUCUACUGCCCAUGCAUGGACAACAUUAUCAGCAACAGGUUCAGAUGAUGUGAGGGUCAUGACCAGAAAAAGUAUGGAUGAUCCUGGCAGGCCUCCUGGGAUUGUGCUUAGUGCUGCAACUUCCUUCUGGAUUCCAGUCCCUCCCAAGAGAGUUUUUGAUUUCCUGCGAGAUGAGAACUCUCGUACUGAGUGGGAUAUACUUUCAAACGGUGGCCUAGUGCAAGAGAUGGCACAUAUAGCUAAUGGUCGUGAUCCAGGCAACAGUGUCUGCCUACUGAGGGUUAAUAGUGCAAAUUCAAGCCAAAGCAACAUGCUGAUACUUCAGGAGAGCUGCACAGAUUCAACAGGGUCAUACGUGAUUUAUGCUCCAGUUGAUAUUGUGGCCAUGAAUGUUGUGUUGAGUGGUGGAGAUCCAGAUUAUGUUGCACUUCUGCCAUCUGGUUUUGCCAUCCUACCAGACGGGCCUACUGGGCCCGCAGGAGGAGGAGGAGGAGGAAUUCUUGAUGUUGGGUCUGGUGGGUCCCUACUCACCGUCGCAUUUCAGAUCUUGGUAGAUUCAGUUCCUACUGCCAAACUCUCUCUGGGAUCUGUGGCCACUGUUAACAAUCUAAUUAAGUGCACGGUUGAGCGGAUUAGGGCUGCGGUCACAUGUGAACAGAACGCAUGACAAUUAGCUAGAUAGCCUUUAUAGAUGUGGGAAAGAGGUAGAAAAGGAAAGGAAAGAAUGGUGUGGUGGGUUUACUCAGAAAUUGAACGUUACAAGGGGAAGAAGUCAAGAACGCACCUUUGUAAUAUCCUUGUGUCGUGGUGUUUUGGUGAGGCAGAAGCCAAAAAAACGCAAAUCACCACCUCACAAGGGUAGUGGGUUCGGGUAUUGACUUUCCCUAAACAAAGAGGAAAGUAAACUCUCAUCCCUUGUUAAUUGUUAGUUUAUAAAGUUCAGAAUAACUCUGUUCACCUUAAAUUUACUGUUUUGCCCUAGGAUUAGGGGGUUAGGGUUAGGAGAUUAGGGUUCAUUGUAGUAGGGUGGUAAGUUUAUAACUGUUUAAGCGUCUUACUUUCCUUGUCAUUUAUGUGUCUAAAAGAGGUAAUGUUUAGUUGGAUUUUUGAAAUCACAUUAACAAUGGUUUCAAUUUCACAUGUUUUGUAACUUCCAGAGUUGUUAGGGUUAUUUUUGUUUAUGUGGUAAUUAAUUAUCAUAUCCAGAAAUCAUGGAUGCUGGAUUAAGGAAAAAUGAGCAUAUAAUC